CUCUUCAACUGCAGGUUGACCUUCCCUACGAAGGGGCCAGAGGCUUUUGUGGACAUCAGUCCACCUCUGUGAAAGAUUCUCCUCCCAGAGUUUAGGGACUGUGGGACUCGCCCAUAGAUUUCUGUGGGGAUGUCACCUUCCAGCUCAACAACCUGGGUGUCUUCCUUCAGCUCCCACUUUCUUCCCCGGGGGAAGUUGUAGACAGGUCAAGCUGCCCGUCCUGCAUGUUCCUCAGGCAAUGCUCCUCCUGUCCUCCCUUCCCCUUGCAGUUCGUGGCCUUCUGCUCCAAGCACACCGGGGAUCACCCUGAGGUCAUCUCCUACCUGUCUGGCCGGCACCAGAAGACCAACCCGGAGUACCUGGCCUCUGUGGAGUUCCGCAAUGUCCUGAGCCACUGCCUGACGCGGGUGCAAGCCAGGAGAACCAAAAUCUACGUCUACAUUAACGAAUUGUGUACCACCUUCCGGGCCCACUCUCAGAAGAAAAGGGACGUGGCCGCUCCUGUCUCUGAGACGCCACCUGAGCCCGCCAAGCCCCGCGUGGGCUCCAAGCGGCAGAUCCGCCACCUGGAGAACCUGCUGCGGGUUUACGCAGAUGAGAUCCGGCGGCUGCAGGAGCAGGAGCUGGACUUGGCGGAGCUGGACAGCAGGGACUCCGCCUACCUGCAGGAGAGCCGCCUCAAGCGGCGCCUGAUGCGUGUCUUCAAGCUCCUCUGUCAGCUGAAGGGCUGCAACAGCCUGACGGGCCGGGUCAUCGAGCAGCACAUCCCCUACCGUGGGACGCGCUACCCUGAGGUCAACCGCCGCAUUGAGCGGCUCAUCAACCGGCCAGAGGCCUUCCCAAACUUCGCCGACAUCCUCAAGGUGGUGCAAAAGGCCAGUGCCCGUCACAGCCUGGGCCUGCCCAAGCGCCAGAUGGAAAUCAUGGCAACCGACGCCUUCCGCGAUGUGGGUGCCUGUCUGCAGGACCGGCGUCGCCGCGACCUGAUCUAUAACUUUGGCAGCCACCUCACCGAUCAGUAUCGGCCUAACUCUGACCCAGCGCUGGCGGACGGAGAGCUGGCUCGGCGACUGCAGCAUAACCAGGAGCUGGCAGUGCAGCGGCUGGAGCAAGUGAUCUCGCGGUUCGUCCAGCUCCAGGACAGGAGCGAGGAGGAGGGCCAGCAGGAGGGGAGGCGGCCCAGACGGGACGGCAGAGGGAUGUGCACCGGCCCCGGCGGAGCUGCUGGAGCUGUGGAGGGGGAGCCGGCCUCCCCCAAGGAAUCCAUCUCGGGGGCAGCUGCCAGAGAGGACAGCACAGGCCUGGAGGAGAUGUGUAUACAAAAGGUAUCGUGGGAGGAAGAGGAGGAGGAGGAGGAAGAAGAGGAGGAAGACUCCUCCGAGUCUGACAUAGAAGCAGAACUGGCCAACUGCCUGGAUGGUGGAGAGGAAGAGGAAGAGGAGGUGGCAGUGGCAGCUCCUGAACCAGAUGAGGACCCCUCUGCCACGGACGCAGAGGCCGACCAGCACAUGGACUUGGAGGUGCCCGAGGUGGUCUUGUACUCCUCAGCAGAGGAGUUGGAGGAAGAAGACGAGGACGAGGACGAGGAGGAAGAUAGCAUCGCGCCGUCCGGUGACUCCGCUUCCCAGCACUUUCUCCUGGAGAUUGAAGAAGCCUUGCCGCUGGAGGAUGAGGACACGCCACCCCUGUCCCCCUCGCCACCGCCUCAGGGGGAGCAGGAGCCCGCCUGCCCCGUCCCCAAGGGCCCCCUGCCCCCCAAGCGCAGCCGCUCUCUGAAAGACGGGGAGCUCAACGGGCAGCCGCACGUGGACUUCCCCGAGGUGACGAGCGCGCUGCUGGAGAGCCUGAACCAGCAGCGCGUGGAGGGGAAGCUGUGCGACAUCGCCAUCCACGUGCAGGGGCGCGUCUUCCCCGCCCACCGGGCGGUGCUGGCCCCCUCCUCGCCCUACUUCCACGACCAGGGGCUGCUGAAGAACAUGACCUCGGUGGUGCUGCCCAGCGUGAUGGACCCCACGGCCUUCGAGAUGGUGCUGGGCUCGGCCUACACCGGCCGGCUGCGCAUGGCCCGCGACGAGAUCGUCAACUUCCUGACGGUGGGCAGCGUCCUGCAGAUGUGGCACAUCGUGGACAAGUGCACGGAGCUGCUCAAGGUCGUCUUCCAGGCCGAGAAGGGCCCCUCCCGCGGCCCGGACCCCCUCGCCGGCGGCCGCCAGUGCAUCCUGGAGACAGACGAUGACGCCAGCGACGGCGGCGGGGAGCCCGGCAGCAGCGAGGGCCGCCGCCCGGGGUACGUGCGGCCCAGCAUCGUGCCCCAGAAGCAGUGGGUCUUCGUCAAGAAGGAGCGCUCGCAGGAGGACCUGGUGCUCACCUGCGAGGAGGACGAGGACCCCGUGGAGGCGUCGGCGUCCGGCCCUCUCCCUGAGGCCGCCCUGAGCAUCAGCGACGUGCGCACCCUGACCGACCCCGGCGGCGCCAAGCUAGAGGAGCAGGUGAACUUCUGCGAGUCCUCUGAGGACUUCUCUUCGCCCUACGAGGGCCUGGAGGAGGGCUCCCCCCUGCCCGGUGCCUUCCCGCAGCGGCCCCUCCUGCCCAUGGACAUGCAGGGCAACCAGAUUGUGAUCUUCCCCCCGCAGGCACCCGUGGAGCACGGGGCCGUGCAGCUGGCGGCUGGCUCCGGGGACGGCAACAAGAUAUUCAUGUGCCACUGCGGGAAGGCCUUCUCGCACAAGAGCAUGCGCGACCGGCACGUCAACAUGCACCUCAACCUGCGUCCCUUCGACUGCCCCGUCUGCAACAAGAAGUUCAAAAUGAAGCACCACCUGACGGAGCACAUGAAGACCCACACAGGCCUUAAGCCCUACGAGUGCGACGUCUGCGCCAAGAAGUUCAUGUGGCGCGACAGCUUCAUGCGCCACAAGGGCCACUGUGAGAGGCGCCACCGCCUCGGUGGAGGUGGCAGCGGCAGCAUCUCGGGCGCUUCUGCAGUCUCCGGGGUUGCCAAGAAGGAGGCAUCGCCAUCCCGGAUCACUGGCGACGCUGAAUGGUCCACUGGGAGGUCGCCACGCAGUGAACUGGGCUUCGCAGGGAGCAGCAAGAUGUGAGGAGGGGGGCUGUGAAACUGAUGCCCUCCCUGCGAGGAAGACCCUUCUGGCCCUCGGAUGAGCCAAAGUCCUUCCCCUUCGCUGGCUGCCGUGGGCUGCCAGGCCCCUUUCCCUGGACAAGUCCUGCGACUCCCCUCUGGGACCUGCCCGAGCUGAUUUCUGCAGGGGACACCUUGCAGAAGGUGGGGAGCCAGGAACAGCUUCAUCCUCCCGGCUGCUUGGCCUGGCUGUCUUCCCAUCAUGCAAUGGGCCCAAGCCUCGGCAGGGGUGUCAUUAAGACCCUGGACAGGCCCAGAGCCAGGUGGGCAGAGCCCCAGGCCCUUCCUCUCUUGCAGCCCUAACCCUUGCCUAAAAUCCUAUUUCAGGGGAGAGGUGACUCGCUUGGGAAGAAGCCAACACUAAAUGCCACCCUCUGACCCAUUUGCAGAGGGAGGGUCCUGUUGAUGUAGCAGCCUCCUCCUCUCCCCUCUCUGCGCAUGUCUGUCUUGGGGGUGCAGACAUUUUGGCAAGAGCCCCUGCUUUGCCCAGGGAGAGGUGUGGGGGGGAGAUUUUUCAUGGCGGGGGCAGUUCUGACCAGCUGGAUGAGUCCAAGAGCUGGACGGUGACUGUGUCCGGAGAGAACCCCCUGCUUUGGGGGGAAAUCACACCUCUGGACCUCCCUCCUGAAACAGCUGGGCUCUGCUCUCCUGCCCCAGCCAGGGGAAGAGCCCCCCCGGCAUCCCCACGUGGGGAGCCAGGAAAAGCCCCUUCCUCCGCCCGUUUGUUCCUUCUGUUUAGAUGAAAAAUGUUGUCCUUCAAUUUGGUUGGGGCCUUUUUUUUUUUUUUUUAUGAAA